GGGAACUGAGCGCGAGGCACAUUAUCGAGACCGGUCCUCCAGAGAUGUGAGGGGAAGUUUCAACACUUGAUUCGUGGUUCGGCCAAAAAUAAAUAACGCAGAGGACGCAGAGGAAACUAAAACUAAAACUGAACAUAAACACGUCUGGAUUAUAUUUCAGCAAGCUGAAUCCAUCCGGUCCACUAAUGAGCAGCAGCCGAUGAACUUGAUGAGGUCCAGUCAGCUGAUGAAAGAGGAGUGACCACUUCACCCUCCUCUUGUUGCACUCCAUCUAGGGGCCAGUGAGGCUGAAGACUGCCUUCAGCCCGCCUCAUUUUGCCACCAUUUCAUCUCUGAGUUGGUCCCCCAGAAGUGUUUCAAAACUGUUUCUCCAACGCUUUUUCCAGAAACUUAGACUGUUUUCCAAAGCAGAAGCAGCACAGCCCUCCCAGACUGAGGUGAUGGGAAGCGUGCGAGCCAGCCGCUACAGCAUUGUGUCAUCAGAGGAGGACGGCAUGAAGCUUGCCACUAUGGCAGUACCCAACGGCUACGGGAACAGUAAAGGCAAGGUGCACACGAGGCACCAGCCGCAAAGCAGAUUUGUAAAGAAAGACGGUCACUGCAACGUGCAGUUCAUCAAUGUGAGCGAGAAAGGUCAGCGGUACUUGGCUGACAUCUUCACGACAUGCGUGGACAUCCGCUGGAGAUGGAUGUUCAUCAUCUUCUGCCUCGCCUUUCUCCUGUCCUGGCUGUUCUUCGGCUGCGUCUUCUGGCUGGUGGCCAUCUUCCACGGGGAUUUAGAAACCGGCGGCCAGAAGUGCGUCUCCAAUGUGAGCAGCUUCACCGCUGCCUUCCUGUUCUCCAUUGAGACUCAAACUACUAUUGGCUACGGCUACAGAUAUGUGACAGAUGAGUGCCCUGUCGCUGUCUUCAUGGUGGUUUUCCAAAGCAUCGUAGGCUGCAUUAUUGACGCCUUUAUCAUUGGCGCCGUCAUGGCAAAGAUGGCAAAGCCCAAGAAGAGGAAUGAAACUUUGGUUUUUAGCCACAAUGCCACGGUGGCCAUGAGGGAUAACAAGCUCUGCCUGAUGUGGCGUGUGGGCAACUUAAGAAAGAGCCACCUGGUCGAGGCGCAUGUGCGGGCGCAACUUUUGAAAUCCCGGACGACAGCAGAGGGGGAGUACAUCCCCCUCGAUCAGAUGGACAUAGACGUGGGCUUCGACAGCGGAGUCGACCGCAUCUUCCUGGUCUCCCCCAUAACCAUUGUCCACGAGAUCGACGAGGACAGCCCCUUCUACGAUAUGAGCAAACAAGACCUGGAGAACUCAGAAUUUGAAAUCGUGGUCAUCCUGGAGGGCAUGGUCGAGGCGACUGCCAUGACCACGCAAUGCCGCAGCUCCUACGUCGCCGGCGAGAUCCUCUGGGGCCACCGGUUCGAGCCCGUUCUCUUCGAGGAGAAGAACUACUACAAGGUGGACUAUUCUCGCUUCCAUAAGACAUACGAGGUGCCGAGCACCCCGCUUUGCAGUGCCAGGGACCUCGCAGAGAAAAAAUACAUUCUCUCAAACUCCAACUCCUUCUGCUACGAAAACGAGAUGGCGCUGGAGAACAAAGAGGACACAGACGAGGGAAACGGGGGCAGCGUUGGGCCCGACGGCACCCAGACGGACAACAUCUCAGAGACUGAACACAGCCAAGCCACGGUGCCGCUCGAGCCCCGGCCUCUGAGACGAGAAUCAGAAAUAUGACUGUUCAGACCUCAGACCUCACGCGAGAGAUUUUCUAAAAUCACCUCUCUGCUCCAAAAGGCGCAUCGAGCCGAGCUGGGCCUUGGGUAGAGGACAAGCCGAACGGUACUGCUGUGGGAAGCGACAAAGUUUAGGACUUUGUAUGUAGGAGUCUGAACUUUGACUACAUACAGUAUGACAAAACACAGCACUAUGAACCAUGUGCAUAUUGCAGGAAGAAUUCUCCAUGAAGUCCCCAUGAAUGUGUGCUUUGGUGACUGCAAGAUGACAGAGAGGUUGUUGAGAUGACUUGAAAAUCGCAGGCAUGUCUCAGUUUCUCUGGCCGGCAUGAACAAGGCGCUUUCAGAAAGAUGUUUUAUACUUAGAAUAUGUUCUCAAGUGCUGCUAGAAAAUAGUGGAGGUUAAACUUUGUGCUUUCUCAUAGAACCAAAGAGGACACUAAAGGUAGAUGUCUGGAACAAAGGUACAAGUAGAGUAUUUGUUCACGAGCUGGUCUCAUAGCAGACGUCACAGUCAGUUUAGGGUUUUCCUCUGGACUUGACAGCACUGAUUUUCUGAUCUUCUGCUUCACCCUCUGCAGUUAUUGACCUGAGAGACUGUUCAUUGCUGGUCAGACUGAUAGAAACAUGCCUGCUCACGUCAAGAGAUAGAGCAGGGUAGUAUUAACGGCAUCAAACUGACAGAAAAAUCAUUAAUUUAAACAGAGACCGGGGUAAUAUGAGAAUCUGAAUGUUCUUAAAAGUGCUGCUAUGAUGUUGCUUCUUUUUUUUUCUUUUGUUUUUUUUUACGGUUGAUAAAAAAUGCCAAAGAGUAUUACUAUCAUAGAUAUGUUUCUUAAAAACAACACCUGGUUAGAUUUGGUACAGAGAAGUAGAACGUUUAGGAAGUUUUAAUAAGGUUUGUUUUUCAAGAAUGUGUGUACAGUUUUAUCUUUUUUUUUUUUUUUUUUUUUUUUUUUUUUUUUUUUUUUUUUUUUCCGAUCAUCCUUCAUCUUGAGCCACUUCAUCAAGCCUUAAUCUGGAAAGUUGAAAAAGGAGGAAAGUGAAGAUG